CCUGCUGGAGGCGCAGUGGGAGCAGGAGCCAUUUUCACCAUCCAUUCACGCGGAGUUGCGCGGACGGAGCGGAUGUGUUGAUGCUGCUGCUGCUGCUGCUGCUGAAGGAGUUGUUACCAUCUGCGUGUGUGUGUGUGUGUGUGUGUGUGUGUGUGUGUGAGUGAGCUCCGGCCAAGGUUACUGCCGGUUCCGUGAGAGAAUCAGCCGGAGAGAAGUGCGCCCGCUGAGAGCAUGGCUUCUCUGCAACAAAGGGAAAGUCACAGGCGGAAAGUUUGAAGUCGGAAGGAUCUGGAGGAGAAAUCCCGCACGGAGACGCAGCGGAUCUCACACACUGAGGAGAUAUGCACUUCAUUCAAAGGGAUUUGUUUUUUAUUCUCUGCUGUUGGAAAGUGGUUUGGCUGGCGCGCUGUUACAACGUUCACAUCAGUGAGGAUGCGGCUCCGGGGACAGUGCUGGCCGGCGUGGAGCAGGGCGCGCGGUGCGCUCUGGAUCAGGUCCUGGCUCCCAAAUUCUCCCAGCGAUUCCUGGAGACGGACGCGGCGGCGGGCAUUGUGUUCCUUUCAGACUGGAUAAAGUGCGCGUCGCUGCGCUCCAACCCCUUCACCGUGUACACGGUGGUGGACUGCACGGGGUCCGGCUACAGGCACCUCAUCACCAGCCAGUACCAGGUGCACGUCCACGGUAGGAACUGUUUACACGCGCGUAAAAGGAAACCUCAGUGGGACAUGGACGUCCUCAGUCUGUUCAGCGGCCACAGUCACCGCCGCACAGAGUGCCACCAGGCUGGCUCCGUUCUGCUCCCCGUGGCAGCUCUGAUACCCGGCUCUCCGGUGCGCUGCAGAGUCACUCACAGCCAGGACUUUUACUUCUCUGAGGGAAACUUGUGUUUGUCUGAGACUCUGUGCUGGAAGCAGGACACGCUCGUGGAGUUAGACCUCGUCUGUGACACAAACACUGGGAAUGAGUUGAAUACUAAAGUCAUCACCGUCCACUGGCGUGUGGGGCAGGGGCCCUUCCAGCAGGCCCACUUAAAAAAGCUAUUAGAAAGGGCAGCUGAGUCUGAUUCAGGGAUUGUGAGCAGGAGGAGGAGAAGCAUCAACAGCAGCCCCCAGUUCCAGCCUCCAAUGUACCAAGUGUCUGUGGCAGAGAACCAGCCUGCUGGGACUCCUGUUGUGGUUUUGAAAGCAGUAGAUGUGGACGAGGGAGAGGCGGGCAGGCUGGAGUAUUUCAUCGAGGCUCUCUUUGAUAGCCGCUCCAACAACCUCUUUGCUGUGGACCCAGCGAGCGGUGCCGUGUCCACAGUGGAGGUGCUGGACAGGGAGACAAAAGACACCCAUGUGUUCCGCGUGACUGCGGUCGACCACGGCACCCCUCGGCGCUCCGCCAUGGCCACACUCACUGUCACAGUCAGGGACUCGAAUGACCACGACCCCGUGUUUGAGCAGGAGGACUAUAAGGAGAAUAUCAGAGAGAAUUUAGAAAUCGGUUAUGAGGUGUUAACCGUGAGGGCCACUGACGGGGAUGCACCUGUUAAUGGGAACAUCCUUUACCACAUCCUCAACAACAACGGGUCCAACGACGUCUUUGAGAUCGACUCGAGGUCUGGCGUGAUCCGCACCAGAGGCCUGGUAGACCGAGAAGAGGUAGAGGAUUACAUGUUGUUAGUCGAAGCUAAUGACCAAGGCCGCGACCCCGGUCCACGCAGCGCUACGGCUACUGUUCACAUAGUGGUAGAGGACGACAAUGAUAACGCUCCUCAGUUCAGUGAGAAACGUUACGUGGUCCAGGUUCCAGAGGACAUGACUCCAAACACAGAGAUCCUGCAGGUCACUGCCACAGACGAGGACAGAGACAGCAACGCCGUGGUGCACUUUAGCAUCAUGAGUGGAAACACCCGGGGACAGUUUUACAUCGACGCGCAGACGGGCAAGAUGGACCUGGUGAGUCAACUGGAUUAUGAGGCAAACAAAGAAUACACCCUGAGGAUCAGAGCUCACGACGGAGGACGUCCUCCUCUGUCCAACAUCAGCGGCUUAGUGACCGUGCAGGUGUUGGAUGUCAACGACAAUGCCCCCAUUUUCGUCAGCACCCCGUUCCAGGCCACCGUGCUGGAGAACGUGCCACUCGGCUACUCCAUCAUCCACAUCCAGGCAGUGGACGCAGACUCUGGGGACAACUCCAGGCUGGAAUAUCGCCUCACAGAAACCACGCCAAACUUCCCCUUCACAAUCAACAACAGCACGGGCUGGAUUGUAGUGGCGGCCGAGCUGGACAGGGAGAGUGUCGAUUUCUACAACUUUGGCGUGGAGGCCCGUGAUCAUGGCUACCCUGCCAUGUCCUCCUCAGCCAGCAUUAGCAUGACCAUCCUGGACGUCAACGACAACAACCCGGAGUUCACCCAGAAGGCGUAUUACAUGCGACUCAACGAGGACGCAGUGGUGGGGACCAGCGUGGUGACCGUGUCCGCCGUGGACCAGGACAUCAACAGUGUGGUGACCUAUCAGAUAUCCAGCGGGAACACUCGUAACAGGUUCUCCAUCACGAGUCAGAGUGGAGGGGGCCUCAUCACGCUGGCACUGCCUCUAGACUACAAACUGGAACGGCAGUAUGUCCUCACCGUCACUGCGAGCGACGGCACUCUCUUCGACACGGCUAAAGUGUUCGUCAAUGUCACGGAUGCCAACACACACCGGCCCGUGUUCCAGAGCUCGCACUACACCGUCAACAUCAACGAGGACAGGCCCAUGGGCACCACUGUUGUCGUUAUCAGUGCCACGGACGAAGACACGGGGGAGAACGCGCGCAUCACGUACUUCAUGGACGACAGCAUCCCUCAGUUCAACAUCGACCAGGACACGGGAGCGGUCACCACGCAGAUGGAGCUGGACUACGAAGACCACGUCUCCUAUACGCUCGCCAUUACUGCUCGGGACAACGGCAUCCCUCAGAAGUCGGACACCACGUACCUGGAGAUACUGGUGAAUGACGUCAACGACAACUCCCCCCGCUUCCUCCGAGACCACUUUGUGGGGUCUGUGAUGGAGGACGUGCCAGUGUUCACCAGUGUGGUUCAGGUGUCCGCCAUUGACCGAGACUCUGGGCUCAACGGCCGCGUCUUCUACACCUUCCAGGGAGGCGAGGAUGGAGACGGAGACUUCAUAAUCGAGUCGACGUCCGGCAUUGUUCGCACACUGCGCAGGUUAGACAGAGAAAACGUGCCUCUCUACAGUCUCCAGGCCUUUGCUGUGGACAAAGGUGUCCCUGCUCUCAAAACACCCGUAAACAUUCAAGUAACGAUCCUGGAUGUGAACGACAACCCCCCUGUGUUUGAAAAGGACGAGUUUGACAUCAUGGUGGAAGAAAACAGCCCCAUAGGAGUUGUGGUUGCACACAUAUCAGCCACAGAUCCAGAUGAAGGCAGUAACGCGCAGAUAAUGUAUCAGAUCGUGGAGGGAAACAUCCCCGAGGCGUUCCAGCUGGACAUCUUCUCCGGGGAACUGACCGCAUUAAUAGACCUGGACUACGAGACGAGGUCCGAGUACGUUAUCGUGGUCCAGGCGACCUCCGCCCCUCUGGUGAGCCGCGCCACCGUCCACGUCAAACUCGUGGACAAGAACGACAACGUGCCCGUGCUCAAGAACUUCAAGAUCAUUUUCAACAACUACGUCACGGACAAAUCCAGCAGCUUCCCCACCGGAGUCAUCGGCCGCAUCCCCGCACACGACCCGGACGUCUCGGACCUGCUGCACUACAGCUUCCAGGUGGGAAACGAGUUGAACCUUGUCCUCCUGAACCAAAGCACGGGGGAGAUCCAGCUGAGCCAGGCCCUGGAUAACAACCGGCCCCUGGAGGCCUCCAUGAGGAUCUCAGUGUCAGACGGUGUCCACUCUGUUUCGGCCCAGUGUCUUCUCCAAGUCACCAUCAUCACAGACGAAAUGUUGUCCAACAGUAUCACGCUGAGGUUGGCCAACACCUCGCAGGAGCACUUCCUCUCCCUGCUGCUGUCGCAGUUCCUGGACGGCGUGGCCCGCGUCCUGUCCGCGGCCCCCGAAGACGUCGUCAUCUUCAACAUCCAGGACGACACGGACGUCAGCGCUCGCAUCCUCAACGUCAGCCUGUCUGUGGCCGUGCCGCUGUUUGUGGAGGGACACCAGCGACCCGGAGGCCGCAGCCACGGAGGCGACAGGCCCGGCGGCGGUGAGUUCUUUGGCUCGGAGGAGCUCCAGGAGAGGUUGUAUCUGAACCGCAGCCUCCUCGCACAGAUCUCCUCGCAGGAGGUGCUGCCCUUCGAUGACAACAUCUGCCUCCGCGAGCCGUGUGAGAACUACAUGAAGUGCGUGUCCGUGCUGAAGUUUGACAGCCUGGCGCCGUUUGUGGCGUCCGACACCAUCCUGUUCAGACCCAUCCACCCCAUCGCCGGGCUCCGCUGCCGCUGCCCCACCGGCUUCACGGGAGACUACUGUGAGACGGAGAUCGACCUCUGCUACUCCAAACCCUGCGGAGCGCACGGAGCGUGUCGAAGCAGAGAGGGAGGCUACACCUGCGAGUGCUUUGAGGACUACACAGGGGAACACUGCGAGCUGUCGUCGCGCUCCGGCCGCUGCGCCGCGGGAGUCUGCAGGAACGGCGGCACCUGCGUCAACCUGCUGGUCGGUGGCUUCAAGUGCGAGUGUCCGCCGGGCGGCUACGAGACGCCGUACUGUGAGAUGACCACGCGCAACUUCCCCCCGCACUCCUUCCUGACCUUCAAGGGCCUCCGCCAACGCUUUCACUUCACCCUGUCGCUCACAUUUGCCACCAAAGAGCCCAACGGUCUGUUGCUGUACAACGGCCGCUUCAACGAGAAACACGACUUCAUCGCCAUGGAAAUCAUCAACGAGCAGAUUCAGCUCACCUUCUCUGCAGGCGAGACCAAGACGGCAGUUUCUCCGUACAUCCUCGGAGGCGUCAGUGACGGCCUGUGGCACGAGGUGGAAAUUUAUUACUACAACAAGCCCGUCCUAAACCAGGCGGGUCUGCCGCAGGGCCCCUCCGACCAGAAGGUCGUCAUAGUGACCGUGGACAAAUGUGACACCUCUGUGGCCCUGAGGUUCGGUCACAUGAUCGGAAACUACACCUGCUCUGCCCAGGGCAGCCAAUCGGGAUCCAAGAAAUCUCUGGACUUGACCGGCCCCCUGCUUCUCGGCGGCGUCCCCAAACUUCCCGAGGACUUUCCGGUCCGCAACCGGCAGUUUGUGGGCUGCAUGAGGAACCUGCGAGUGGACGACCAACACGUGGACAUGGCCAGCUUCAUCGCCAACAACGGCACCCUGUCUGGAUGCUCGGCCAAGAGACAUUUCUGCACCAACAGCCCGUGUCUGAACGGAGGCACCUGCGUGAACCUGUGGGGAUCCUUCAGCUGCGACUGCCCGCUUGGUUUUGGAGGACGAAACUGUGACAGAGUCAUGGCCAGCCCGCAGCGUUUCCUGGGUAACAGCCUGUUGCAGUGGAACAACCUGGCGGCGGCGGCGGCCUCUGUCCCCUGGCAUGUGGAGCUCAUGUUCCGCACACGUCAGGCCAGCGCCACACUACUACACAUCUCAUCGAGCAUGCAACACAACCUCACACUGCAGCUGCGUGGUGGGAGUGUGAUGAUGGGGCUGCACAGAGGCGAAGACUCGACUCUCUCCCGCCUGGAGGAGGUGCUGGUGAACGACGGAGACUGGCAUCAUCUGCAGCUGGACAUCAGCAGCUUUGGAGGAGCGACGAGUCACCACAAAGCCGUGCUGUCUCUAGACCACGGACUCUACCGGGCAAGUAUGGAGGUGGACGGGAAGCUGCGCGACUCCAAGCUGAAGACCGUGAGCAUCGGUGGUUUGGCAAAGCCUGAUGGGAAGAUUCAGCACGGCUUCCGUGGCUGUUUGCAGGGUCUGCGUGUCGGCGGCGCUCUGAGUCUGUCUCACGCCAGGAAGGUGAACGUGGAGUCUGGCUGCAGCGUGCCCGACCCCUGCAGCUCCAGCCCGUGUCCCGUCAACAGCUACUGCAGCGACGACUGGGACAGCUACUCCUGCGCCUGCCUCAGCGGUUACUAUGGCACCAACUGCACCGACGUGUGUUCCUUAAACCCGUGUGAACACGAGUCGACGUGCUCCAGGAAGCUCAGCUCCUCUCGUGGUUACACCUGUGACUGUCCCAGCAAUUACUUUGGCCACUACUGCGAGAAAAAGACUGACUUACCCUGUCCCAGAGGUUGGUGGGGUCACAAGACCUGUGGUCCCUGUAACUGUCAGACAGACCGAGGCUUUGACUCUGAUUGUAACAAGACCAGCGGAGAGUGUCGCUGUAAGGACAACCACUACCGUCCCGAUGGCAGCGACGCCUGCCUGCUGUGUGACUGCUACCCGGUGGGCUCUUUCUCCAGAGCGUGUGAUCGAGUGAGCGGCCAGUGUCAGUGCAAACCCGGCGUAAUUGGACGCCAGUGUGAUCGCUGUGACAACCCCUUCGCUGAGGUUUCUCCAAACGGCUGUGAAGUUAUCUAUGACAGCUGCCCUCAGGCCAUUGAGGCUGGGAUCUGGUGGCCCAGGACCAAGUUUGGUCUUCCUGCAGCAGUUCCUUGUCCCAAGGGAACACUCGGUACGGCGGUGCGACACUGUGACGAGCACAAGGGCUGGCUGCCUGCCAAUCUCUUCAACUGCACCUCGGUUACCUUCAGCAAAUUAAAAGACCUGUCAGAGAAGUUUUCCCGUAACGCUUCGCUCCUGGACUCUGGACAGGUUCAGCAGACGGCGGCCAUGUUGGCCAACGCCACCGUGCACACGGACAGAUACUACGGCAGCGACGUCAAAGUAGCGUACCGGCUCACGCAGAGUCUGCUGCGGCACGAGAGCAGCCAGCAGGGCUUCAACCUCACAGCCACACAGGACGUCCACUUCACUGAGAAUCUGGUCCGUGUGGGGAGCGCCAUCCUGUCUCCAGACACGCGGCCGCACUGGGAGCUGAUCCAGCACUCGGAGGGCGGCACGGCGGCGCUGCUGCGUCACUAUGAGGAGUACGCAAACACGCUGGCACAGAACAUGAGGAAGACCUACCUCACCCCCUUCACCAUCGUCACGCCACACAUCGUCAUCUCCGUGGACCGUCUGAAGAAGAUGAAUUUCGCCGGAGCCAAACUCCCGCGGUACCAGUCCAUGCGGGGCCCUCGCCCCGUGGACCUGGAGACAGCUGUCACGCUGCCCGAUUCUGUCUUCCAACCGCCAGUGGACACCAAGGGCCACAGACACCUGGACGUCUUUCCCGAGUCGGCGCUGAGGAACCGCUCAGCCACCGCCGCCGCCACCAGGAAACGACGGCACCCAGACGACAGCCAGGAGGACGCCAUCGCCAGCGUCAUCAUCUUCCACAGUCUGGCCUCGCUGUUACCAGAGAGCUACGAUCCCGACAAGAGAAGCCUGCGUGUUCCAAAGCGCCCUGUCAUCAACACACCGGUGGUGAGUAUCACGGUGCACGACAACGAUGAGCUGCUGCAGCACACGCUGGACAAACCCAUCACCGUGCAGUUCCGCCUGGUCACCACUGAGGAGCGCUCUAAACCCAUCUGUGUCUUCUGGAACCACAGCAUACUUGCUGGUAACGGUGGCUGGUCAGCCAAAGGCUGCGAGGUGGUUUUCAGAAACAACACCCACAUCAGCUGUCAGUGCUAUCACAUGACCAGCUUCGCUGUGCUCAUGGACGUCUCCAGGAGAGAAAACGGAGAGAUCCUGCCAAUCAAAAUCCUGACGUGGAGCACGGUGGGCGUGACGCUGGGAUUCCUCUUCCUCACGACGAUCUUCCUCCUCUGCUUGAGAGCCAUGCAGAGCAACAAGACGAGCAUCAUCAACAAUGGAACCGCCGCACUUUUCCUCUCUGAGCUCAUCUUCAUCCUGGGCAUCAACCAGGCCGACAACCUGUUCUUAUGCACAGUCAUGGCCAUCCUGCUGCACUUCUUCUACCUCUGCACGUUCUCCUGGCUCUUCCUGGAGGGGCUGCACGUCUACCGCAUGAUCAGCGAAGUGCGAGACAUCAACUACGGACCCAUGAGAUUCUACUACCUGAUUGGCUGGGGAGUGCCCGCCUUCAUCACAGGUUUGGCAGUGGGUCUGGAUCCUGAAGGCUAUGGAAACCCAGACUUCUGUUGGCUGUCGAUGUAUGACACUCUGAUCUGGAGCUUUGCCGGACCCAUCGCCAUGGUGGUGUCGAUGAACAUCUUCCUGUCCAUCCUGUCAUCCAGAGCCUCCUGCUCCAUGAGACACCACAGCAUCGAGAAGAAGGAGCCUCGUGUCUCGGGCCUGAAGACUGCAGGUGGCGUCCUCCUCUUUGUUUCAGUCACGUGUUUUCUGGCGCUCUUGUCCGUCAACAGCGACAUGAUCAUCUUCCACUACCUCUUUGCUGGAUUCAACUGUGUGCAGGGUCCAUUUGUCUUCUUCUUCCGCAUUGUCUUCAACAAGGAGGCGAGGAAUGCCAUGAAGUACUGCUGCAGCCGCAAGCGUCCGGACCACAUGAUGAAAUCUAAGGCCUCUGGCUACAAAUGCAACACAAACUACAUGGAUGGGAGACUGUACCACCUCCCGUUCGGAGACUCCAGUGUGUCUCUGAACGGCACCAUGCAGAGCAACAAGAGUCAGCAGAGCUACGUGCCUUUUGUGCUCCGGGACGAUGGACUGAGUAACAGUCAGGCGCACAUCGCACUGAACGACCACGGGUCACUGCUCCAUGACACUAAAGAGCACAUGGAUGAUCACGACAGCGACUCAGACAGUGACAUGUCUCUGGAGGACGAUCAGAGUGGAUCCUACGCCUCAACGCACUCUUCUGACAGCGAGGAUGGCGAGGGUCCUCUCCGUCCUGAGGAAUGCUGGGAAAAUCUGGCGUCCAAUGUGGCCAAGAAACCUCAGCCACAUGACAAGAGUAAGAUGUACUGGCCUGGUGAUUAUGCAGCAGUGAGUGAGAACGAGCUCACAGGUGCAGACAGACUGACGGGAGAACCUCUGGACAGGCGUGAGCCGUCAUCAGAAGAGCGGACGCAGGAGAACAUGAUGAUGCUUCUGCCGAACCUCAACUCACACCCUCACAAAGGGAUCCUGAAGAAGAAGCAGCUUUCUCCCAUCGUAGAGAGGAACAGUGUCAGUUACAUCCACAACGAACUGUGCGGAAAUGGCGCGGGGAGAACGUCGCCGCAGGAAUCCACCUCCAGUGAUGAUCGAGGCUGCGUCUCUAAACCAGGCCCACCCGAGCAGCUGAAUGGCGUCGCCAUGAGCAUCAAGGCGGGGACUGUGGACGGAGACUCGUCAGGAUCAGACAGCCACUGCAACACCUCCAUGUGACCACGUUGACGGAGGGGGUGUGUCUUUGCAGGUCAUAGGGCCUCCUUCCUCAACGUCAAAGGACUGCAAACGGGGGAGUUCCUUUUAAACAAAAACACUAUGUGGAAAACGGACGUCGUGAUCCUCCGAAGGAAUGUGAGUGUGUGUGUGUGUGUGUGUGUGCGACGUGUGUGUGUGUGUGUUCAAACACGUGUGCCAAACCUCAGGAGUCGCUGCACACUGACGCCGAACUCACUCUCCCUUUAAAGAGAAAGAAAAAAAUGAAUCCCUUUUGUUUACAUACUUGAAGCAAUGCACUUUUUUUAAUUUGCUGGCCGGACUGAGAGGCGGUCGAUGUUUUUGUAGUUAUAUAAUGGAUUUUUGAAGACUGUGGAACAAUAAAGAAGUCAUUUUUAGUUGCAGACUUGCAGAAACAUUCAGGGACAUUUUUUUUGUCACGCAGACAGAGCUGCUGUUGCUUUGUUUACGUUGCUCGCGUUUGUGCCAGUGUGAGGUUUGGAAGAGACCACACUUAUUUUUCCACGCCUGAAAUGUCGUCCAAGAGGCACAGAGUGCAGAGUCGUCGCCAUCGUCAUCGUCGUCGUCCAAUCGCCGAAUAAGCUACUUGUGUCAAGAGACUGCUCCGACCUCCACGUGGAGGAGACGCUACUGUACGGUUUCACAAAGAAAAGGACUUUGUUUUCGUAAAUGAACGAGAGCUCAUGAACAUUUAAAAAGCUCUCGUCCGUACGACUAAACAGCUGUAUUUUAUAGAUUUAGUCACACAGAGCUUUUCUUUUUUUCUGUCGUCUUUUGUAAAAAUAAUAAAUAAAAAAAAAGGUGCCGUAAUACGAUUGGAGCUGUGGUCAGAUUUUUACUGUACAGCACAGCGAGGCCUGUGAAUGUGGAGAAUCACACGUGUCACACAGAGAAGAAUAAGGUUUGUACACUUAAAAUGGGAAUAAAUGUUUAUUUAUCACAAAAUGGAUGAAGAUUUUAUUUGGACUAUUUACUGAUCGUCAAUGUUUCAUUUUCCGUCCAUAAAACGAUCAAUUUUAUCAACUAUUCAGUUCAAUAUUCCAAUUUUAGGAGCUAAAGUCAGCUUCAUUGUUGUUGUGUGACACUCGUGUUCCCACGUGUAAAUGAAUGAAGAACAUAAUGAUGUUGAAAUGUAAAUAAUAUUAUGUAAAGUUCCUUCACACGUUCAAGACCUAGUUUUUAGAAAUGACUCUGUUGCAUUCAAUCAAAUUAGUGUGAUGUUUGUUGAUGAAAUAGUUUUUUGUUUUUUACCAACUCUAUGAAUUAAAUGUAUUUCAUACCGUAAAAAAAACAAAACAACGUCACCAGAUCAACUCUGAUGUUUUAACAGAGACUUCUCUCUCUUUUACUCUGUCGCUCCUGUUUUUACUGAUUAAACUGUUUUAUACCA